AUGCCUCCUGAAGAUAACAUGAUAACUACUAAACAAAAUCCUGUAGCAAACAAUGAUGUCCCAUGUGAAGAUGAUAUUUAUGCAGACAGGGCUCUUUCUUCUAAUGAUAAAGACCUUCAAGAUGAGGAAUUAGAGUAUGCUUAUGACUCUACCCUGGAGAUUGUAUCCCUCCCGGUUAAUGUAUUUAAGGGUAAUAAGUUACCUUCCAAUGAAGGACGAAAGUUGUUCCAAAAUAUCUCAUGGAAUAAACAGGUCAAAUUCAUACUACUGUUCAUGGAUAGGCAGCUGUCCCAAAAGCUUUUAAAGGAGACAAAAGCUACUGACAAAGUAUUUUCAAAAAUAUCUUACCUUAUGUUGGUAGCUCUUAGACUGUUGAAUUAUACUCUUAAAACCCUUUAUGACACAAAAUCUUCAGAUGAUAAAAAAAAAACCUUAAAGGUUAGAAAAGACUUGGCAAUCAAAGUUAUUAUUCCUUUCUAUCAACUCAAGACCAAGCAUGAGAAGUUGUUUGAAGAUCAAAUCAACUCAAUCGAAAAAGCAGCCAAAAAACAAACAGAAAUUUUUAUGCUAACAACAGAAACAGAAGUAGAGAAAGAUGAUAUUAUAAAGA